UGAAGUCCGAUCCACCAAUAGCCGAGAUGACAACACCGACUGUGAAUCCAACGACUUUUGUACAAAAUUCAGACAGUCUUCAUACUGCACUCAAACCAAUUAUUAAUCUAGCCCAGUGUUUUGCGCUGUUUCCAGUUAAUGGUGUGAAUACUCCAGAUGCGUCUCACCUCAAAUUCACAUGGCGAAGUCUAAAAAUCCUGUACAGCAUGAUCGUCCUGAGCCUGUCAGCACUAAUGACAGGAGCAAGUAUCCACCGAGUCCUCUCCAGCGAAUUUACAUCUCCAAAAAUGACUACAUUACUUUUUUUUGCAACAUCCUGCGUGACGAACGUCCUUUUCCUGAGACUGGCGUUGAACUGGCCGAGAAUAGCCCUAAAGUGGGAAAAAAUCGAGAGAGAAUUAGCAACUCGUCAUCGACGAACAUCCAAGUACAAUCUCGUUACUCGUUACAAGAUAAUUACAGUGACAAUUAUGACGAUAGCUCUGAUCGAGCACGUCCUCUCCAUCGUGUCCGGAUAUUUCAGUGCCUCAGAAUGCGCCCAAUUACGAGGUGAAACCGAUGUCUUCGGUGUUUAUUUCCAGACGCAAUUCCCACAGAUCUUCAACAAAACAGUCUACUCCUUUUGGAAGGGCUUGAUGGUCCAGGGCAUCAACGUCUUGACGACUUUCUCCUGGAACUUCUUGGAUCUCUUCCUCAUCCUCAUGAGUUCUGCGUUGACUUAUCACUUUGGAUUACUCAAUGAUCGACUCAAUUCGAUAAAGGAUAAAACAAUGCCGGAGUGGUGGUGGGCAGAGGCUAGAAUCGAUUACAAUCGACUCGCAUCACUCACGAGACAAGUCGAUUCUGAUAUCUCUGGACUUAUUCUUCUGUCCUUUGGAAUUAAUCUAUAUUUUAUUUGCAUUCAGCUCAUGUACUCCUUCAAUCGAGUACCGAAUGUCAUUCGCACUAUUUACUUUGGCUUCUCUUUUGGUGCUGUCAUUGCCAGAACAGCAGCUGUUUCUCUUUCAGCUGCAUCAGUUCAUGAUGAGUCAUUAUUGCCAGCACCAGUGCUGUACAGUGUCUCUAGCUCCAGUUAUUCAACAGAGGUCGUCAGAUUUUUAUCACAAGUCACCACCGACACCAUUGGACUCACGGGAAUGAAAUUUUUCUCCAUCACUCGCAGUCUUGUACUCACGGUUGCAGGAACAAUAAUCACUUAUGAGCUCGUGCUCGUACAAUUCAAUGCUGUACAACAGGUUUUGGAUAAUUAAGACGCGAUAAGAGCGAAUCGAUGGCGAUUUGUGAUUAUGAAUAAUCCGGGAAUAGAAAAUACUCAACUGGCGUUCAACAUAUAUUUCGAAGGAUCUCCACAAUAAUUGUAUUAUUCGCUGUAUCUAUCAUUCAUAUUUUUUCCACAUCCAUAAAAAAAGGAUUUGAUCGUAAU